UGCUCCACAUUGAGCCCGGUCUGGCCGCGGUAGUAGUGAGUGAGAGAGACCGAGCGAGCGUCGUAGUAAAGCGCACACUACUAUGAAGUUCUGUUUGUAACUCAAUUAUUUCUCGAGAGGAGCCUACCUCGUUUUCCCACAGCAUCCGCGGACACUUCUGAGAGGAUUGCGCUGUGUUUUCGGAGGGUUUUCCACCUAAAAGAGCGAUGUCGUCCGCGGCGGUUGCUGCUUCGAGGAGGCAGUCGUGUUAUUUAUGCGAUUUGCCCCGCAUGCCGUGGGCUAUGAUCUGGGAUUUUACCGAGCCCGUUUGCAGAGGAUGUGUCAACUACGAGGGAGCAGACAGGAUCGAGUUUGUCAUUGAAACCGCGCGGCAGCUCAAGAGAGCCCAUGGAUUUCAGGACGGCAGACCGGCGGGGCCGGGGAAACAGUUAUCGGGGAAAGAGAUCCAGGCGAUGAAUCACGCGUCUGGAGACCCGGGCUCGCGCCCGCCGCAGCCUCUGGACCGCUACCCGCUGUCUUCGGAGCGUCCACCCAGACCCGAGUAUCAGUCUGCGCGGCAGGCGAACGGACUCCCGGUCCCGAACGGAUUCUCAAAACCGGACGACCCUCCGGAGCUCAACCGCCAGAGUCCAAACCCGCGCAGGACUAGCGGCGUGCCGCCCAAUUUAGUGCCUCUGGUGAACGGCAGCAUGGCUCACGCGAUCAACGGCAGACCCGGUCUCAGCCACGGCGAUCUCGGCGGAAACAAGCGGCCAGCCUCGGUCUCCAGCACGGAGCACGACAAGGACAAGCACAGACCGGACAGCAUGACGCCGGAGAUCAGCGACAGCCACAAGAACCGGGCGGACGACUGGAUCAAGAACAAAACGUCCCGGGAUAUAAUGGCGCUGAACGCGUACGACAGCAGAUUCAAGAAGGAGCACAUGCAGCAGAGAGUCAUGUACGAAACGAACGCUCCUGCGUCCAAAUCAGAUCGAGGCAAACAUCCCAAGAAUAUGAAGAGAAAAGCUUCGCCGGAGCCUGACGGAGAGGGCGGCACCGCCGCCAAGAUUAACGGAGAUGGACAGCAGUGGCUCCCGGCGGGAGACGGAUUGAAAAUGCCCCCGGGGCCACCACCCAGCUUCGCCUCCCCGCCCUCCACAAUAUCCCCUCACCCUCGCACCACCCCACCGGAGGCCGCCACGGCCGCCACUCAGAACGGAAGUUCGCCCAUUGCGGCGCUCAUUCUGGCCGCGGACAACGCCGGUGGUAACAGCUCGCCCAAGGACGCCAACCAAGUGCACUCGACGACACGCAGAAACAGCAGCAGCCCGCUGUCACCCAACCAGCGGCGGCUGGCGCAGGGCGCGGGGGCACCUCACGUGCCGGGCAUGGAUCCGGUGCAUCCGCAGAGCAUCCCAGACUCCUCGGUUCCCAGCAGCAUCCCGCUGUGCUGCACGCUUUGCCACGAGAGGCUAGAGGACACACACUUUGUGCAGUGCCCUUCAGUGCCGUCUCACAAGUUCUGCUUCCCUUGCUCCCGGGAGAGCAUCAAACAGCAGGGUGCGACCGGAGAAGUGUACUGUCCGAGCGGCGAGAAAUGCCCCUGGUGGGCUCCAACGUACCGUGGGCUUUCAUGCAAGGCGAAAUAGCCACCAUUCUGGCAGGAGACGUCAAAGUAAAAAAGGAGAGAGACACUUGAUUGCGCUUUUUACCUUUUUUUUUAAAUAUUCAAAAAUGUCGGUCUAUAUAAAUAUAUAAAUAUGAAUAUCACAUGCAUACCAUCCAGACAGAAACUAACGGACUUGUAUAUAAUGGACAUAUGAGGGACAUGCAUACUUGGUAAACAUUGCUGUACAUUUUUUGAUUUUUUGAAUACAUUGUGUUUCUAUAUUUUUUGAAGAUAAAAGGUAUGUACUCAUUAUAACGGACUACGUUCUACUUUGUCGAUGUUUAACGAUUUCUUGAUGUACUUUUAGGUAUGGUGGCAGUUCCUGUUAAACGUAGAAUGUGACUAAUGCAACUCUACGAGCACUUGGCAAACAUUGGAAAACGCUUCUAGCUGUACUUGUAUGCACUUGUUUAAAAUUGCCAAAUACAUUUUCUGAUCUUGUAUUAA